AUGAGAUGCAGCUUUUCGCUUGAACUUAAUUAAUUAAACAAUGUGUAAAGACGGCAAACAAUGCCCGGCGAAGGCGGCACAACUGGAUAAACAAACACAAAAACAAAAGCAAAAGCAAUCACUGUCAUAAAGCAAAAAUAUCAAUAAGAGCCGUGUGCUGGAAUCAAAACUAGAGCAAGAAGAAGAAGAAGACAAAAAUUAAAAAGAUCUGCGUAUAAAUCUCCCGUAAGAGUAGUUUGUCGUGAAAAAACGGUAUGUACAUAUAUAUGCUGAAAAGAGUGUGUGUUUGGCUGUGCGCAGACAUCAAGUGUUUGUAUGCAAGUCGGUCUGCUUGACUGACUUAUUGUCUUCCACAGACUACACGCUACGCCUACAAGUGGUCCAUAAUUAAUUUUAUAUAAAAGCAACAACAAUGGUUUUUAAAGCGUUCAGUCGCGAAAAUAACGUCGCAAAGCAAAGUGUACGCGAGCUUAAAGUGUUUGAAUAGUUUUUUUUUGAAACUAUUGCGAAGGUGUGCGAAGUGAAGAAAUCGUAAAAAAUUGAAAACAAUAAUUAAAAAGAAAAAAAAUCAAAGUGCGAAAAUAAUUGAAAGAGUAUACGAAAAAUUAUAAAUGUAUCGGGAUAGUAUCAAAUAAAUCGCGAUAAAUCGUUUUGCUGGAAAUAAUUUGCUCAUUAAAAAUCAUGCAAGCCACUUUGCUGUGCGUUUUGUUAUUGGGUGUUUUGGCUUGUCAUAGCGUUUCGGGGGAUUUACGCUACCGCGGCAAUGCAGUACAUCCAGAUUAUCCUGGUCAAUGCUACUACGAGGAACUGCGCCAACCGAUACCCACGAAUCAGUCCUACAAGCCGAUAAACCGUGAUGGUCGUUGUGAAUCGAUUUUCUGUCGCAAAGACUUUGUGCUCGAAAUUCGAUACUGCGGCCGCCACAAUCUGCAGCCGAACGCGACAUGCGGCAUCGAAUCGGAUAUGCGGCGCGCAUAUCCAGCUUGUUGUCCGCGCUUAGUGUGUCAAACCGACAGCAAUUUCAUUUAAUUUUUUAAUUGCGACUUAAUUGCUGAAACUUAAUUCUUUCAAUUAUCCAUUGACUUUGUUGUUGUUAUUGUUUUAAAUAGAUGGUCACGUUUACAAAUAUAUACAAGUAUAUGCGACAUUUUUGAAUUCAUUAAAGAGAUAGCUGUUUAUAUAAAUUUUAUUCGAGAAUAAAAUAUUGAAAAAUUAAAUCAAAAGCAAAAUAAAGCCAAAUGAAAUAAAAAUACAAGUAAUUAAA